UGGCCGUGCCAACAUCAGUCCGGUCAGAACCUCAUCCCUCUCAACAUGGAACUCACUUAUAUACUGUUCCAGGUGGCAGUGGCACUGCUGGCGAUCGUGGCCUACCAUGUCUACCGCAGAUUGUCGUACUUCAAGCGUCGGGGUAUUCCGCACGAUCCUCCACAUUUGUUUCAGGGCAAUCUGCAGGGCAUAUUAACUAAACGGCAUAUGCACGAGAUCAUAGGAGAUUACUACGACAAAUAUCAAGAGAGCAAGUUGCCCUUUGUUGGGUUCUACUUCUUCCAAAAGCCGUCGGCUUUCAUUUUGGAUCUGGAGCUGGCCAAGCACAUCCUGAUCAAGGACUUCUCCAACUUCAGCGACAAGGGUAUUUUCUACAACGAAAAGGAUGAUCCCAUCUCCGCUCAUCUCUUCAAUCUGGACGGACCGCAGUGGCGUGUCCUGCGAAACAAAUUAUCGUCGACAUUCACCGCUGGCAAAAUGAAGUUCAUGUAUCCCACGCUGGUGUCUGUGGCCGACGAGCUCAUCGCCGUCAUGCAUGAGAAGGUGAAGCAGAAUUCUGUUCUGGAAAUUCGCGAUCUGGUGUCCCGGUUCACAGUGGACGUGAUCGGCACCUGUGCCUUCGGCAUUAAGUGCAACAGUCUGCGCGAUGAGAGCGCCGAAUUUCUGACAGUUGGUAAGCGUGUCUUCCUGGACAAACGUCAUGGCUCCUUCAUGAGCGGCGUCAUGCAGAGCUACCCGAAGUUGGCGAGGCGUCUGGGUCUGGUGCGAACGCCCUCGCACAUUCAGGCCUUCUACAAGCGUAUUGUGUAUGAGACCGUGGCGCUGCGGGAGAAGGAAAACAUCCGAAGAAAUGAUUUCAUGGAUUUGCUCAUUGAGAUGAAGAACCAAAAAGUUACACUGGACAAUGGUGAUGUGGUCAGCGGUUUGAGCAUAGAGGAGAUACUUGCCCAGGCCUUUAUAUUCUUUAUUGCUGGCUUCGAGACAUCCUCCUCCACCAUGGGCUAUGCUCUGUAUGAGCUGGCCAGGCAUCCGCAUAUACAAGACAAGGUCAGAGCGGAGCUGGAGGAAGUGCUGGAGCAGCACGACCAGCAGUUCACCUACGAGUCCACCAAGGAUCUCAAGUACCUCAAUCAGGUUAUCUGUGAAACUCUGCGGCUCUACACCAUUGUACCGCAUUUGGAUCGCAAGGCUAAUAAGCGAUUCGUUGUGCCGGGCCAUCCAAAUUUCGUGAUUGAAGCCGGGCAAUCGAUCAUCAUACCGUCAUCGGCCAUACACCAUGAUCCCAACAUCUAUCCGGAGCCGAGCGAGUUCCAGCCCGAGCGUUUCUCCGCCGAGGAAUCGGCUAAGCGAUCCUCGGUGGCCUGGCUUCCAUUUGGCGAUGGUCCCCGCAACUGCAUUGGACUUCGCUUUGGCAAGAUGCAGGCGCUCAUUGGCCUGGCGUUGCUCAUAAGAAAUUUCAAAUUUUCCACCUGCCCGAAAACAGCGGACCCUUUGGUCUACAAUCCCAAAAGUUUUGUACUUGCCGUGGACGGCAUUCAGCUCAAAGUGGAGGCAGUGUGACCACGAAAGAAUAGUAUUAACCAUCAGCCAUUAAAACGAUGCCAAAGUACAUCAC